AUGCCCAUCCCCAAGAUCAUCCUCUACCGCACCAACGGUGCCUGCUCCCUCGUCCCGCACAGCAUUCUAACCCACUUCGCCAUCCCCUUCGUCGCAGUCGAGAUGGAGCCCACGCCAGGCGGCACCGACGGCAUCGGAGGCCGCUACCGCGCCGCCGACGGCUCGCUCACUCACGAGGAGUACCGCCGUAUCAACCCAACGGGCUACGUCCCGUGUCUCGUCGUUGAUGAAACGGUCAUCACAGAGAUGCCCGCCGUGCUCACCUACAUCGCCUCCCUCGUCCCGGAACAGAACCUCUUCGGCCGGACGGCGGUGCAGCGGGCCAAGGCGUACGAGUGGGUGUGCUGGCUCUCGGGGACGCUGCAUAGCCUAGGUUACGCUGGUGUGUUGCGGCCUGAGAGGUUUGUACACGGGGAGGAGGCGAAGGCCGAGGUUGUUGCGAGAGCGCAGGAGGUCAUCAAUGAGUGUUAUGCAAGGAUUGAUGAGAGGUUGGUGGGGAGGGAGUUCGCUGUGGGUGAGGGUUUGACCGUGGUUGACUUCAACCUGUAUAUCUUCUACCGAUGGGGAUGCAAAGCUGGCAUUGAGAUGGGCCGACUCUAUCCUAGUUAUCAGAGUAUCGCUCGGAUGGUGGAGGGUUUGGAUGGGGUGACAAAGGCUGCUCAUGUUGAGAAGCAGCAUUUAGUUUUCCCAAACUAA